AAAAAAAAAAACUUUGUAGAACAUAAGUAGGUGUUACAGUAUAAUUAAAAUGUCCCAAUAAUUUGUACAUAAAAAAAAAAAGUUACUUAUUCUUCCUUUAAACUCUACUGUUUAUUUUAUUUAUUCACUUUUUUUUUUAUUGACAUAUAAUAUAUACAUAGUCUUUAUAUUUUACAUUACUUCUUUUUCAUCUUACUCCUUUCCCUUCCCCCUCCCCACCCUCAUCUAUUAAGAUUAUUUAUUUAUUUUUUCUUAAAACAUGACCGAAACAAAUAAUACGCAAAUUUUUACCGAGUCAAUAUCAUCUCAACCUUCAUCACCCAUAAUGAGCAAGCCAGGUUCAGAUAAAAAAGAAGAGCCAAGCCAUACAAAUGUUGAGUUGGUUGAAAAAGAUAUGGAGCCAGUGAUGAAAGUUAUAGGUGAACAACAACAGGAAGAAGAAGAAUUUUGUGAUGCAAUCAAUGAUAUUAAAAGUUCUUCCGAUGAAGCCGCUCAUAAUUUGUCUAAUAUCAUAACUGCCCUUCAAGAUACUGCAAUUGUAAAUAUUCCGGCCAAGCAAGAACCUCUUCUCUUUCCUGAGGGAAAAGAAAGUAACCAAGAAGUUCUUGAUACAAUUCCUGAAGAUAGUAAAAAUAACAGCCCAUUAUUUAUUAUUACUGGUCAAGAAUCCCCGACUCAGAAAAAGGCUGCCGAUAAUAAUGAUGAUGAAUUUCCCUCAACAACAACAACAACAAAUAAUGAACAAGAUAUCAAGGCCGUCAGUGAACCUAGUUCACCUCAUCCAACUGCUGCAGACGUUAAAAUUACUAGUCAUUUCGAGCAAAUUCGUAAAUCAAUUGAUAUGAGUCCAGAAGAAACCAUCUACAAAUCAUGAUAUUUCUAUAUCUCGUAUUAAUUUUGAUUUAGUAAAGCCUAAUGUAUUACCACCUAGAGCUCAAGAAAGGUUUGAUGAAGAAAUGCUAAAGGGCAUUAAUAUGUUUUUUGAUAACAAUUUUUCUCAAGCAAAAGCACUUUUUGAAAGAAGAGGCAAAGAGUAAAGUAAAAAAUUAUAAUAAUUUUUGAUAUUAAAGAACCACCUUUUUUUUUAUUU